AUGCCAGUCGAUGUUUUGUGCAGAAUCUCAGACUUGAGGCUCGCUUCAAAUGGUCUCGUUGGCACAAUCAAGCGGGCGAACGAGCGAAAUCAGCCCAUUUGGCCCGUUUUAUUGGCGUCGCCUACGUCGAAGCUGCCUUCCACGAAGGGUCUCGUCACCUUGGCAGCUUUCAGUCCUCGUGCCUCUGUGACAUCACCCUCGAAGUAG